AUGGAGCCCACUCCCAAACUCCUGGCUGGACUCCUCCUGCUGACCCUGUGUGUGCAGGGCUGUUCCAGCCAGCAUUGGUCCUAUGGAUUGCGCCCUGGAGGAAAGAGAAAUGCAGAAAGUUUGUCUGAUUCUUUUCAAGAGAUAGCCAAAGAAGUUGAUCAGCUGGCGGAACCCCAAACCUUGGAAUGCACCAUCCACCAGCCACGGUCCCCCAUCAGGGACCUGAGAGGAAUUCUGGAAGGUCUGAUUGAAGAGGAAACUGGGCAGAAGAAGAUUUAA